AUGUCUCUAAAAGCGAUCUCUGCAAAGGAUGCCGUAUCCCUCGACAAAGAUCUUAUGGAAUUGGGCGGCUGGUCUCUCGACCAGUUGAUGGAACUGGCGGGGCUCUCCGUAUCUCAAGCUGUCUGGAAGGUUCAUCCCCUUAGCGCCGGCAAGAAUGUGCUUGUCGUAUGCGGACCUGGUAACAACGGCGGAGAUGGUCUCGUCGCAGCCCGUCAUCUAGCUCAAUACGGCUAUAAGCCAUCUGUCUACUAUCCCAAAGAAGGCAAGAACGAACUAUACAAGGUAAAGCCCGGUACAAGGACCCAAACAGAAUCCCAAUUUAACAACUCCAAGCGCCUGAAAAUCCAACUUCAAAAUCUAUCUGUGCCCUUCAUAACAGACUUCUCAACCGCAUUGAAAGAAACACACUUCCUAGUGGAUGCCAUUUUUGGCUUCUCCUUCGGCGGCCCGCUUCGUGAUCCGUUUGGGCCCAUUGUGUCACAGAUCGAAGCUGCUUCUGUCCCCGUACUAAGCGUCGAUGCACCCAGUUCAUGGGAUAUUCAAAGUGGGCCACCCAAAGAAGGACCGGGAGCAAAGUUCAUGCCGCAAGCGCUUAUCAGUUUGACUGCCCCGAAGCCUUGUGUGAAGUUUUAUAAGGGACGGCAUUUCAUUGGAGGUCGGUUCUUGUCUAGGGAUAUCACGGACAAAUAUGGGUUGGAUUUGCCACCGUACCCUGGAAUUGAACAGGUUAUGGAAGUGGGGGUUAAUGCAGAGGGUAGACUUUAA